ACAAUAUUUUAUUCAAGUUGGCACCCCUGGUAGGUCCAUCUGAGUCCUACAGUUUAAUCUCUACACCAUGUUGGCUCUCCAACACUUCACCAGAUAGUGAGCAAGCUGAAGAGUUCCCCAGGAGUUUUAUUCAGGCUGGAUAUUAAAGCAAACAAACAGAGGAGGGGCAUGGAUUAAAAAAAAUACACCCUGAAUAUACACUCUGUUGUUUCUCUUCCGCUGUUUUUUCUGUAACACACGAAUCCACUUGGAAUAUGCACGUUAUUUGAAAAAAAAACACCCAUGUAGUCCUCAGGGAUGCAGUGGCACCCUUGAAAUCUUCAUCUGACUUCUACAAAGCGUCUGAAUACACACACAAACUCACAUCCUGAUCAUGAGAUGGCAAGGGUGAUUUUCUCUCUUGAAAAGCACAUGUAAAACAAUCACUCUUUUCCACUUCCUCUUUCAGCUCUAUGUCCUUUUCAGUAUUAAUUCUGCUGUUCUCUUGCAAAAGCAAUAUGUAUGUGCGCAUGUGCUUUAUCACUUCUUGUAUCUUUGUGGGAUAGUAUGAGGGAGAGGGGUAAGAAGUGACCAUUGAACUAGCACACACAGCACUUUCUCAAAAAUCAAGUGUGCCAGUGGGCAUAAAACUGGUCAGCAACCCCUGAUUUAUAUCAUGGAGUGAAGAGGUUUUGCAGACCUGCACCACAAUCCUGUAAGCCAGGGGUUGCCAACCCAGCACCUGCGGGUGCAAAGGCUUAAUGGAUUGUAUUCCAGGAUAGGCUAUGUAUCCUGAAUGGCAUGCUGGAGAAGCUUUAGCUGGGAACUUUGGGUGGCAGCCAGUAGUUUGGUUUCUCUCUAGACAUGUCCUUUAGUAGGUCAGUCAUGGUUACCCACUUUGACUUCUUAAUCUGUUUCUUCACUCUCCCAGGUGAACAUUGCAGUUUUAAGUGGCUGGUGUAAAUCCUAUAGGAGUUUGUCCUUGUCUGAAGGUCUGGAGAAAAUGUGGCUACGUUUGAUGUUUAGUUGACAAUAGAUCAUGUGAUACGCUCUUCAUGGGAAUCACCAUGUCUGACAAGAGCGAUUUAAAAGCAGAGCUUGAACGCAAAAAGCAGCGUUUGGCUCAGAUAAGAGAGGAGAAGAAACGGAAGGAAGAAGAAAGGAAGAAAAAAGAGUCAGAUUUUCAGCAGAAGAAAGAACCAACGCAGGAAGAUUCUGAUCUGGACAGGAAGAGAAGGGAGACAGAAGCGUUACUGCAGAGCAUUGGUAUUUCUCCAGAGCCACCUCUAGUCCCAACCCCUAUGUCUCCCUCUCCGAAAUCAGUGAGCACUCCCAGCGAAGCCGGAAGCCAAGAUUCAGGAGACUUGGGGCCCGUAGGAAGGACCCUGCAGUGGGACACAGACCCUUCAGUGCUGCAGCUUCAGUCUGACUCUGAACUUGGCCGCCGCCUACACAAACUGGGCGUGUCAAAGAUCACCCAGGUGGACUUCUUGCCUCGGGAAGUGGUGUCCUAUUCCAAGGAGACGCAGACGCCUUUGUCUACUCAUCGAUCUGAAGAGGAUGAAGAUGAUGAAGAAUUGGUUGAACCAAAAGCACAGAAUGACUCUGAGAUAGAAACUCAAGAAAAGAAGCAAGACGUGAAGGAAGCUCCUCCCAGGGAACUGACAGAGGAAGAAAAGCAGCAGAUUCUCCACUCAGAAGAGUUCCUUAUAUUUUUUGACCGGACGAUACGUGUGAUUGAGAGAGCGCUAGCUGAAGAUUCCGACAUUUUCUUUGACUAUGGUGGCAGAGAUGUGGAAGAGAAAGAUGGAGAUGUCCAAGCUGGAGCUAACCUUUCCUUUAACCGUCAGUUCUACGAUGAGCACUGGUCUAAGCACCGGGUUGUCACUUGUAUGGAUUGGUCCCUUCAGUACCCGGAGCUUAUGGUUGCUUCCUACAACAACAACGAAGAUGCGCCGCAUGAACCUGAUGGUGUGGCCUUGGUCUGGAACAUGAAAUUUAAGAAAACAACCCCUGAAUAUGUUUUUCAUUGUCAGUCUUCUGUGAUGUCUGUCUGUUUCGCCCGCUUUCAUCCAAACCUGGUUGUCGGAGGGACCUAUUCUGGCCAAAUCGUGCUGUGGGAUAAUCGGAGUCACAGGAGGACCCCAGUUCAGCGCACACCCCUUUCUGCAGCUGCUCACACGCACCCUGUAUACUGUGUAAAUGUCGUUGGGACACAGAAUGCUCACAACCUCAUUACCGUUUCGACAGAUGGCAAAAUGUGUUCCUGGAGCCUGGAUAUGCUCUCAACUCCACAGGAGAGCAUGGAGCUGGUGUACAAUAAAUCCAAGCCAGUGGCAGUUACUGGAAUGGCUUUCCCAACUGGAGACGUCAAUAACUUUGUAGUUGGAAGUGAAGAGGGCACUGUUUACACAGCUUGUCGUCAUGGAAGUAAAGCGGGCAUUGGUGAAAUCUUUGAAGGCCACCAAGGUCCUGUGACAGGAAUCAAUUGCCACAUGGCAGUGGGUCCGAUUGACUUCUCCCAUCUAUUUGUGACAUCAUCAUUUGACUGGACCGUCAAGCUGUGGACUACAAAGCACAACAAGCCGCUCUACUCCUUUGAAGACAAUGCCGACUAUGUCUACGAUGUCAUGUGGUCACCAGUGCAUCCCGCGCUCUUUGCCUGCGUGGAUGGGAUGGGCCGCUUGGAUCUCUGGAACCUGAAUAAUGACACAGAGGUUCCAACGGCGAGCGUGACCAUCGAAGGAGCUUCUGCCCUCAAUCGUGUCCGUUGGGGCCAAGCUGGGAAAGAAGUGGCCGUUGGAGACUCCGAAGGAAGGAUCUGGAUCUAUGAUGUUGGAGAGCUUGCUAUACCGCACAACGAUGAGUGGACCCGAUUUGCCCGGACUCUGGUGGAAAUCCGUGCCAACAGAGCAGACAGCGAAGAAGAAGGAACCAUGGAGAUCUCUGCCUAGAAGAGAGAAAGGUGUCCUUCCCUUAUGCCCUCUGUUGAUUGCAGUCAUGUUCCGUGUCAAGUCAGUAUUGUUGUGGCUUUCCAUGCCAGUGUUGCUGCCAGCAUUCCCCAGGGUUCCGAUUUCUCCAUAUUAAUCGCGUUGUGCUUCAAGCCGUCUGAAAAUAUCCAGAGCGUUUUCAUGCUUCAUAUUUCUUUUUGAGAAGUUUACGAAUGAGAGGACAAAUCAAGCCCAAGCAGGUUCAGUUGUUGCCUUUUAAAUCCUUUAGUAGCUGCAGUAACUAGCUAGGAACUCCUGAAUAAACUUGGGCUCACACGCGUUUCUGGCACAGUCCUAUUAAAUCCAUAUGAAGUCAGAUAUGAUUGGGUACAGAUGUGGUGCGCUUCGCAACAUGGGACUGGGCCAGAGACUUUUAGAUGUGGUGUUUCACAUGGUGACUUACAUUAUGAAUGGAUGUACUAUACGAACAUUGCUGCUCCUUAUUUAUUGCGGUGUGCUGCAUGGAACAUAUUUAUUUGAAAGCAUUAAAAUAAACGAUCCCAAAGCAUGUGCAUAACGAGCAAACUGCAUUGUCUCUGCAUGCCUGUUGGGGUUAUGUCGAGUCCCAAACAACUAUUACUGGAUGUCACUUUUUACUAAAAUGAAAUCUGUAAAAGGGUUUGGUUGAAUAAACAGAACUUUCUAAAAUCGCCUAUUAA